AUGCAGAAGUCCUGCAGUCCGUCGAGUAUAAAUGGUCUCCGGGCUGCCGUACAGCUGGGGCAAAACGCUGCCAGCAAGACCCCUCGUAGACGGCAGAUCAGCGAUGUUACCAUCACGAGAACUGGCAAACCAAUUAUUCGGACACAAGGUGGAAGAUCAUCCCUCGGAGGACACACCGUGACGGUCUUUGGUGCAACUGGCUUUCUGGGAAGAUAUAUUGUUAAUAGACUUGCUCGGCAAGGAUGUACCGUUAUUGUACCUUUCCGCGAGGAAAUGGCAAAACGGCAUCUAAAGGUUGCAGGAGACCUGGGCCGGGUCGUGUUCAUGGAAUAUGAUCUCAGAAAUACACAGUCUCUAGAAGAGAGUGUUAGACAUUCUGAUGUGGUCUACAAUCUCGUUGGACGAAUGUACCCUACGAAGAACUUUGAUCUGGAAGAUGUCCAUGUUGAAGGUGCUGAAAGAAUUGCGGAAGCAGUGGCCAAGUAUGAUGUUGAUAGGUUCAUUCAUGUCUCCUCAUACAACGCCAGUGUCAAUUCUCCCUCCGAAUUCUUUGCGACAAAGGGACGGGGUGAGGCUGUUGUACGAAGCAUCUUCCCUGAAACUACUAUCGUCAGGCCCGCCCCUCUUUUCGGAUUCGAAGACCGUUUACUGCACAAGCUUGCCGGUGUGACAAACGUGCUUACGUCAAAUCAUAUGCAAGAACGGUACUGGCCUGUUCAUGCCAUCGAUGUUGGAGAGGCACUCGAGAAGAUGCUCCACGACGAUAGCACUGCUGAGCAAACGUACGAGCUCUAUGGCCCAAGAAACUACUCAACAGCUGAGAUCGCCGAAUUGGUCGACAAGGAAAUUGUUAAGCACCGCCGUCACAUCAAUCUUCCCAAAGCCAUCUUAAAGCCAGCCGCUGGUCUCCUGAACAAGGCUCUCUGGUGGCCAGUAAUCUCUGCCGACGAGGUUGAGAGAGAAUUUAUCGAUCAACGCAUUGAUCCAGCCGCGAAGACAUUCAAGGACCUCGGUAUCGAGCCAGCCGAGCUCAGCAGCCUCACAUUCCACUACUUGCAAGGAUACCGCAGCGCUGCUUUCUAUGAUCUGCCACCUGCGACAGAGCGUGAGAAGAGAGAAGAGAAGAAGUAUCUGCACGUCCUUGACGACCAAUAG